AUACUACCAUGUACAGGGGCAAGUAUCUAUGGUGGUCAGUUUGCAUCAUGGAAAAACCAACACCCCUUGACAUCAUCUCCUUCCAUGAUGUUGACAGCAAACACAACGGCAUGGCGAGAUUGAACAGAACUGAAGCAGCGAACGGGCGCCGCCCCAGUGCCCCCUCCCCAGCCAGCCAGCCCUUCCAAGGGUGAUUCGGGGACAAACCAACAACCCAAGCCAAGGAAGGUCCCAAGGAAGGCACCCCUGAUUCUAUCACUUUUUUGCUGAGAGUGAUCUGAUCGCCUUGAACCUGCACCGGCACUCACGAAAUGUGAGCGAUCUCUUGCUGCCCACGCCAUGAGGUUCAGUUGCCUUUUCCGAUUUGUUGCCAACAGACG